UUCCAGAUAUCUUUUGAGGAUGUGGCUGUGGAUUUCACGUUGGAGGAAUGGCAGCUACUUAAUCCUACUCAAAAGAACUUGUACAGAGAGGUGAUGUUGGAGAACUAUAGCAAUCUGGUUUUCUUGGAGAGUAGAAGAUGAACCCAUUGAUAUAGAAUGAAAGUCUAGGAGGCCAGGCAGAGUACCUCAUGCCUGUAAUCCUCAUGCUUUUGGGGCUGAGGGGAGGGCAAGGCGCUACAAUCGCUUAAGGCCAGGAGCUUGAGACCAACCUGGGCAACAAAGCAAGACCCCAUGUCUGCUACUGCUGCUAACUUAGCCAAAUAUGGUGGUGUGUGCCAGCUACAUGGGAGGCUAAGGUGGGAAGAUUGCUUGAACCCAGGAGGUGGAAUCUGCAGUGAGCCAUGAGUGUGCUAGGCAACAGAGUGAGACCUUGUUUCUAAAAAAAAAAGACACACUCAGAAAAACCCUGCUACCUUAAAUAUAGUAAGGAGAUUUUGCUUCUUGCCUUCCUCUGUACAGACUAAGAAUUUUCAAGUCAGUUCCCAAUGCAUCUUUCUGGUACAUUUGAUGUUUAACCUCUCUAAAGCUUCUCUCUUAUCACAUCAAAUAGUCAGGUGGGUUUAAGUUCCCCAUUACCUGCUGGGUGAUAUUUAAUCUCCGUUUAUGUUGAAGAACCUCAUGGUAUGGGAACAUUUUAUCUAUCCAGUUAUUUUUCUGUGCCCAGAUGUCAUUAAUAACUCCAGUUGAACUAGAUUCUUACUACUCUUCUGAAAUUUUUCUCUGCACCUGUGCCUUUGAUGAUGGUAUACUUUUCCUAUGGUAGACUUCACUUUGAGCCUUUUUUUUUUUUCAACUCCAGUGAAUGUUCCUUGACUCACAGAUUUUUCUGAAAUCUCUACCCACUUAGCACCUAUAAUAUAGUAACUCAGGCCUGAUAAGACAUUAUCCAAAAUUGCUAAAGCAACUAGGUCCUAAGGUAUUUUUCCCUAUAAAGAGAGAUGGCAAGUAACGUAGUCUAUGUUCUCUGUGGAAUUUCUGGUAUGCACUUAUUUGAUUUUUAAAAAUUGGUUAUUAUGGAGCCAGAUAAGGAAAGGCCUUAUUUAUCAGAUGUCACUUUAGUAGAAAAGUUUCCAUCUUAGCAUCUACCUUGGGAAAUAAUUUAUUUUUACUUUUUUAUUUUUUGAGACAAGGUCUUACUUUGUCACCCAGGCUGCAGUACAUUGGCACAGUCACAGCUCACUGCAGCCUCGGCUUGUCUGGACUUACGAGUUCCUUCCAUUUCAGCCUCCCACGUAGCUGAGACUACCACCACACCCAGCUAAUUUAAAAAAAAAUUUUUUUUUUUUAUUUGAGAGACAGGAUCUCACCAUGUUGCGCAGGCUGGUCUCAAACUCUGGGCUCAAGUGAUCCUCCUGCCUUGGCCUCCCAAAGGGCUGGGAUUACAGGAGGGAGCCUUAAUGCACAGCAGAGAACUAUUUCACAUUACAGAUGUCUAGACACCAUUCACAUUGCUUUCUAGCUCUGAGUAUAUGUAGUUGGGAGAAGCUGUAAAGAUAGAUUUUAUGUUCCCCUAUUAAUAUAGAACUGCUUCUCACAUGGAAUGAGAAGAAAUGAAAGGAAAUAAGAGUCAUGAAAUAACUUUUUAGGAGCACAGGAUUUUAAUUUAGAAGAUAAUAUAAAACCAUAAAGUAUUCAGCAAUUCAGUAUUUGAACAUGCAGCAUUUGUGUUAAAGUGCAAAAUUAAUUAUUGAGAGAAUGAUACAGAAAGGAACUACUUUAGAAGCUCAGUGGUAAGUGAGUAAUAUUUAUCCUACAUAUAUUGAGAACUUGUGCUGUGCAGUGGGGGUACAUUAGUGAAAAAUACAAAUCUGUUUCCUACCCUCAUACAGUUUGCAUUCUAUGGAGAGACAGAAGUAAGAGAGGAUUACCUAUUUGAUAAGUACUAUGAAGGAAGGAAAGAAAGGGUAUUUGUUAGAGUGCCAUCAAAAUGACAUUUUGGUGCAUGUGACAUGGUGGCUCAUACAUGUAAUCCCACUGCUUUGGAAGGCCAAGGCAGAACUAUUGUUGAGGCCAGGAGUUAGAGGCCAACCUGGGCAACAUAGCAAGACACCAUCUCUACAAAAAAAAAAAUUAAAAAUUAUCCAGGCAUGGUGGCACACAGCUGCAGUCUCAGCCACUUGAAUGACUAAGACAGAAGGAUCACUUGAGGCUGGGAGUUUGCAGCUGCAGUGAAGUAUCACCCCACUUCUGCACUUCUUGGGCAACACAGUGAUAUCCUGUCUCUAGUAGUAUUUUAUUGGUAGUAAUAAAAUAUUACUGUUAAGUCUAUACAUACGCUAUUUAUUAUUGUUUAUCAUUUAAUUCAUUAAUUUAGAUAGACUUUUUUUUUUUUUUUUUUUUUGAGAUGGUGACUCACUCUGUUGCCCAGGCUGGAGUGCAGUGGCACAAUCUUAAUCUUGGCUCAUCUGCCUCCCAGGUUCAGGAACUUCUAUCUCAGCCUCACAAGUAGCUGGGAUUACGGUCACCCACCACCACACCUGGCUAAUUUUUUGUAUUUUAGUAGAGAUGGGGUUUCACCAUGUUUCCCAGGCUGGUCUUGAGUUCCUGAGCUUAGGCAACCCACCCACCUCGGCCUUCCAAAGUGCUAGGAUUACAGGCAUGAGCCACUGUACUCGGCCUCUAUUUUCUUUUUGAUAUGGGGUCUUAGUCACCCAGCCUGGAGUGCAGUGAUGCACUCUCAGCUCGCACAACCACAACCUCUGCCGCCUGGGCUCACGUGAUCUCCCCAACCUCAGCCUCCCAAGUAGCUGGGAUUACAGGCAUGCACCACCACACUAAGCUAAUUUUUGUAUUUUGGUAGAGAUGGGGUUUCACCAUGUUGGCCAGGCUGGUCUUGAACUCCUGACCUUAUGAUCUUCCUGCCUUGGCCUCCCAAAGUGCUUCUAUUACAGGCAUUAGUCGCUCACUGCAACCAGCCUGCUUCAUCUGAAAUUCUGAUGUCUGAGAAUCGGAUGAGGCAUUUUCCUCCUUAGAAAAGAGUAGGGUUUUUUGUUGUUGUUGUUGUUGUUUUCUGUUUUUUGUGUUUUUUUUUUUGAGCCAGUGUCUUACUCUGUCUCCUAGGCUGGAGUGCAGUGAUGCAGUCACAUCUCACUGCAGCCUGGACCUUUCAGGCUCCAAUGAUCCACCGUAUCUGCCACUUAAGUAGCUGGGACUUUAGGUGUGCACCACCACAUGUGGCUAAUUUUAGAAAAAAAAAAUUUGUAGAGACACGUUCUCCUUAUGUUGCCCAGGCUGGUCUUGAACUCCUGGGCUCAAGCACUCGUCCCACCUCAGCUUCCCAAACUGAUAGGAUUGUAGGUGUGACUUGCCACCAGGCCCAGCCUUGUUUUAUGUUUGAGACCAUGUCAGAUCUUUUCAUCUUGCAGAGUACUUCCUGAGAAUAUUACCCUACAAUUGCUAAUAAAGAAUAUCACCCAAAAGUAAAUCAACUUUUUAAAUAUUCAAUAAAUACUCUUGUAGAAAUCACAAACAGUUGUACUCAUUGGAUAAAAAAAAUCUGUCCUUCUAUUAUACAAGAAAAUAUUGUGAUUAGGAGUAAUUUCCAAUGAUAGCAUUACAUACAGAUACAAUAUAUGCUUUAUAGAUUCAAUUGUAGAUCCAAUUAAAGGGAAGUUAAAUAAGUGUUGAUACUGAGCUCUAGAGAACUCUUGGAUAAUUCAAAAAGGAAGUUUUAGUGAUAAUGGUAAAGUUACUGACAUCACUGAUGUAAAUAAUGAUCUCGAAUAAGGAUAUUUUAUAGAUGCAACAAUAGUACAAAAAAUUAAUGUUUCUCAUCUUUCAGGUGUAAAGUUGAUAUUGUACAUUUAUUCUGCAUUAUAUCCCUUUUUCUAUUAUACCAUUCAACAGUAUAUACUAAUGUUGCUUUUUUAUGUUCUUAUUAUUCACAUUCUUAACCACAUUGUGAAGCUUUCUGAUGGUGAUGUACUUAGGUCUCUUCUCUGAGCUUCUGCUACUAAGUUCUGGACACAUCGUAGAUAAUCAUAGAUUAUAGUCAAAAAAGUAAACUAAUCACCUCAGCAUUUGAUUGGAAAUUGCUCCAGGCUCCAUCAUCUCAUGAUCACUGUUCCUUGAGUAUAUUUAAUAUUUCUUAUUUAAACGUUUGUUGUUUAAACAUUUGUAACUUAAAAAUUGAUUUUCUUUUCUGUUAAAAUUGUCAAUGUGCAGUGAGUACACAUUAUUUGAGGAAUUUUUUUAAAACUGGGAUUAUGGUGCCAUUUCAGAAGCUUUAUGCAAUAAGCACAAUAAUUGAAGGAAUUACACAGUAUGGUUCAUUUUUUCUCUUUUUAGAAGUCUGGCUAGAUAAUCCCAAAAUGUGGCUCCAAGAUAAUCAAGACAACCUUAAAAGUAUGGAGAGAGGCAAUAAAUAUGGUGUUUUUGGAAAUAUAUUUAAGUCAAGCAUAAACUUUGUUCAUUUAGGAAUGAGAUCCCAUACAUGUGGCACGGGAGAAAAAAAUCUGAAACAUCCUUUUGAUGUGCUUAUUUCUAAAAAUAACUGUGAAAGAAAGAAAAUUGAGCUCAAUAAGAAAUUAUUAUUCUGUAUCAAACCUGACAGAACCCAUGGUGGAAUAAAACACUGUGAUUGCAAUACAUGUAGAAAAACCAGCAGUAAAGAGUCAUGGCUCAUUGCAAAUCAUAUAACACAUACAGGAGUCUAUUUAUGCAUGGAAUGUGGCAGAUUUUUUAACAAGAAGUCACAACUUAUUAUCCACCAGAGAACUCAUACAGGAGAGAAGCCCUAUCAGUGCAGUGAAUGUGGAAAAGCCUUCUCACAGAAGUCACUGCUUACUAUUCAUCAAAGAACUCAUUCAGGAGAAAAGCCGUAUGGAUGCAGUGAAUGUCAAAAAGCUUUUAGUAGGAAGUCACUCCUCAUUUUACAUCAGAGAAUUCAUACUGGGGAGAAACCCUAUGGAUGCAGUGAAUGUGGAAAAGCCUUCAGUAGGACGUCACAGCUUAAAAGGCAUCAGAUAACUCACACAAUAGAGAAACCCUACAGUUGCAGUGACUGUGGGAAAGCUUUCUCCCAGAAAUUAAAACUCAUUACACAUCAGAGAACGCAUACAGGAGAGAAACCCUAUAAAUGUAGUGACUGUGGAAAAGCCUUCUUUUGGAAGUCACAGCUUAUUACUCAUCAGAGGACCCAUACAGGGAAGAAACCUUAUGCAUGUAGUGAGUGUAAAAAAGCCUUCAGCAGGAACUCACUUCUCAUUAGGCAUCAGAGGAUUCAUACAGGAGAGAAACCUUAUGAAUGCAAUGAAUGUGGUGAAGCUUUUAUCAGAAAACCACAGCUUAUUAAACAUCAGAUAACUCACACAGGCGUGAAGAACUAUCAAUGUAGUGAUUGUGAAGAAGCCUUCUUUAAGAAGUCAGAGUUAAUAAGACAUCAAAAAAUUCAUUUAGGAGAGAAACCAUAUGGAUGUAUUCAAUGUGGGAAGACCUUCUUUGGGAAAUCCCAGCUCCUAACACAUCACAGAACACACACCGGGGAGAAGCCUUAUGAAUGCAGUGAAUGUGGGAAAGCCUUCACCCAGAAGUCAAGCCUGAUAUCACAUCAGAGAACACAUACAGGUGAGAAGCCCUAUGAAUGCAGCGAAUGCAGGAAAACCUUCAGUGAGAAGUCAAGUCUCAUUCAUCAUCAGAGAACCCAUACUGGAGAAAAACCCUUUGAAUGUAGUGAAUGCAGGAAAGCUUUUGCCUGGAAGCCACAACUUCUUAGGCAUCAGAGAAUUCAUACGGGGGAGAAACCCUAUGAAUGCAGUGAAUGUGGGAAAGCAUUUGUUCAGAAAGUGCAGCUCAUUAAGCAUCAAAGAAAUCAUACAGGAGAGAAAACCUAUGGAUGUGGUGAUUGUGCAAAAGCUUUCUUUGAGAAGGCACAGCUCAUUAUACAUCAGAGAAUUCAUACGGGAGAGAGACCAUAUAAAUGUGGUGAAUGUGGGAAGUCUUUCACUAGAAAGUCACACCUUAUGAGGCAUCAGAGAAUUCAUACAGGAGAUACAUACUAUGGAUGCAAUGAAUGUGGGACCACCUUCAACAGGAAGUCACAGCUUAUGAUACAUCGGAGAAAUCAUAUAAUAUAAAAAUCAUGAGUUUCGUGAAUGUAGAAAGAUUUUUAUCAGAUGUCAUACUUUUUAACACUUUUGAGGAUGCAUAUAGGAGAGAACCCCUAUUGACUGUUGAAAAGCUUUAAUUGAGGAGUCAAGAGUCACCAAGCAGAAUUUAGAAAGGAGAGAAGUUUUUAAAAAGUAAACAAUGUAAAAAAGUCAUCUCUCUGAAGACGCUACUCGCUACAUAUUGGAUGACUCAUUGAGGUGAAAACCUUAUUAGUAUUUUGAUAGUACAGAAGCUUUUAGUCAAGGUAGCUUAUUAAAUGUUCAGAAGACCUAACCAGGAAGAAAAUCCUGUUGUAACAAGCAAAUGAAAGAUUUCAAGAAAGGCGAACUCACUGUACACUUGAGAAUGCCUACAGAAAGGGAAUACUGAAUUUUGUUUUAGAGGUUCAUACUGAAGAGUAGUCUUAAUAAUUUAAAGAAUUUGACAAGCAUGAUGCUGUUGAAAUAGUUUUGUAAGGAAGUGGUGUUCUUUAUAUAUAAAUUAUUAUAAAAAGCAGUCAAUUUUUAGUGUUAGGUGUGUUGACUUACGUGUGAGGAGUUCUGCUUUCUGCUGUGAUGGAAUAACAAGCAUCGAAUUACCUCUCUUGCCUUAAACAACUAGAAGUUACAUAAUUAAUAUAUAAUGGUUUUUAGACAUAUGACAAGCACAGAUUCGUGAUCACCAGGAGAUUGUAGACAGAGUGAGGUGAGCACCAUGGUUUCUCAGCCAACUCCCUAGUGGCAGUUACUAGGUUGCAGUUCAGGGAAGGGAAACAGUAAGGUUGCUGAACUGAAGAGACAGGAUUGGCAGCUGGGGAGGCCAUAGCAGCUAGAAUUUGCAAGGCAGAGUACUGGAGAGAUGGAAUCUUCCUAGAAAUGGCUCCAGAAGUCUUCUGGGAUUUCCCUGAGUCCUUUGGCUUAGUGCUGACUUCCAGUGAGGCCAGCACUAGAAAGCAGUCGUCUGAACAAUUCCUGGAACUCAUGUUCUCAGCAGCCAGUAUGGAAACAAAUUCUAACACAUGGAGCAUCAGGUUGCAUUCUUAGAAGGGUUUUGUUUUAGUAGUAAGACUAAUUAGCUCUAGAUUAAAAGCUACUCUGGACCCAUAAUGUCUGGCAUCUAAGAAACAUCUGGCAUACAAAGAAGCAAGAAAAUAUGACUUAUAACUCGGAGAAAAAUCAACAGAAACCCAGAAAACACAGAGGUGAUGGGAUAGUAGACAAGUAUAUUAAAAUAGCUGUUAUAAAUAUAAAAUAGAGGAAAACAGGCCGGGCGCGGUGGAUCACAAGGUCAAGAGAUCAAGACCAUCCUGGUCAAUAUGGUGAAACCCCAUCUCUACUAAAAAUACAAAAUUAGCUGGGCAUGGUGGCGCGUGCCUGUAAUUCCAGUUACUAAGGAGGCUGAGGCAGGAGAAUUGCCUGAACCCAGGAGACGGAGGUUGUGGUGAGCUGAGAUCGCGCCAUUGUACUCCAGCCUGGGUAACGAGUGAAACUUUGUCUCAAAAAAAUAAAAUAAAAUAAAAUAGAGGAAAACAAUGUUGAUGAAACCUGAGGUAAAAAGAUUUUUUUUUAAAUGUUAAACAUUUUAUCAUGUAUUUUUUUAAUUCCUGUAAAAUGCAGAAAGUGCAAUGUCACCAAAUGUACAUUUCCUAGGAUUCAUUUUAGAAUUCACGUUAAAAUUUAAUAAUGGUAUUUCAGUAAUUAUGGGAUUUGAGAAAAGCUACUUAUGGGGAAAGAUCACAUAAACAUGCUCUGGGGCGAUAUGUUACAAAAAAAAAAACAAAAAACUACAAUACGGCCAGGCGCGGUGGCUCACGCCUAUAAUCCCAGCACUUUGGGAGGCCAAGGCGGGUGGAUCAUGAGGUCAGCAGAUUGAGACCAUCCUGGUCAACAAGGUGAAACCCCAUCUUACUAAAAAUAUAAAAAUUAGCUGGGCAUGGUGGCACUCACCUGUUGUCCCAGCUACUCAGGAGGCUGAGGUAGGAGAAUUGCUUGAACUCAGGAGGCGGAGGUUGCGGUGAGCCGAGAUCGCGCCAUUGCACUCCAGCCUGGGUGAUGAGCGAAACUCCAUCUCAAAAAAAAAAAAAAAACUACAAUAAUUAGAAGUAUUGCCUUAACAUUUCUAAAAUCACAUAAAAAUGGUCAUCUAUGAUUGCCAUUUCAAUAAUUUUGGAUACAGGGGAUGUUAUUUUCUGCUCACUAGUAAUCAAAACACAUAAAACAGACUUGUAACACAUAUUCAGAGUUGGUUAUUUUCAUAAGCUAAACAUUUCCACAACUUUAAGAUUUGUGUUUGAGCAUACAGUACUGCAGUGUUGGCUUCGUAAAAUAAAAAAAUGUUUUUGAGAGGAAGCUUAAUAAUCAGAGGCUGUAUUUAAGGAUUUAACACUGGCUAUAUACAAAAGGGAAAGCAUUUCAGUGAGAAAGACUUCACAUUACUAAGUUCUCCCCUUUAAUAUGGCAGCAUUCAGCAGCUUAUGCUACUCUUUUAUCCUUUGGUUCCCAGUGACAAACAAUGCAGUAAUAAUGCCUCUGGUUUUAGUUCCUCUUGGAUGACAUUUAUUAGCAGAGAGAGACCUGAUUCUUUAGCUGAAAUUUGGCAGCUGAAGAAGUGCACCAACUGCUCCAAAGUAUCCCUCAUGUUCUAGAAACAAUGCUUUCAGUUGACCUUUUGACCAGCAAUCCAGUGCAUAUGCCAAAAGUUUCAUUGAGAGGGUACUGACACGUAAAGUUUCCAACAAAGACAACUUGUGUUUAUUUUCUCAUUAGCAGCACACAUUCGUGCCACAGAACCAGUGUUGCUGGUGGUAGUAACUAAAGUAGCUCUUGCCAGAUCUUCUUUACUAACAGAUUCUCGCUUCUCCUUAUAAACCACAUUCCCAAAACUAGAUGCUACAGCCCAACCUGACAAACCAAAUCUUUCAUAAUCUCCCUAAAUAUCACAGACCAGCUUGUCAGCUUGUGUGCUGUCACCUUUGGAUGCCAUUUCAAGAGCCUCUUCCAAAGUUUCACAGCCAGUCAAUAAAGUGCAUAAACCCAGAAAGGUACCCCUCAAAGGCUCGUCCCAGUCACUCGUUUAUGUCCUUGGAAUGGACUGCUAAAAUACUGAGUCCUAAGCCAGUAUUCACUACAAGCAGUGGAUAAGGAUCAUCCAGGUUCAAAGGCACCUUUUGGCGUCACUCAGGCUCUGAGGCAUUAGCAAAAUGAUAGCAUUUUGCUUGUCCAUUGAAACUGACAGUCUCUAUACAGCAAGCCCUUUACAAGGCAGUCAAUUUCAUCCAGUUUGUGCAGGUGGAGGUUUCCAAUUCUGCGAAAAUAUUUUUCAAACUUGUAAGCACCACCUGCUGUAGCACACAUCACCAUUUGCAAUGUUGAGAAGUUUUUAUCUCUUCCCAUUUGGAAAAAGUAGGCAGGUCCUGGAUUGGAAACCAGAUAAAGUGCAAGUUCCUUCUUUGACCAAAAAGUGUUAAAUCUUUUAGUUCAAGAUGUACAUCCCGAAUGUCGGUGAAUUCAUAUGCUACAUUAGAAGGCAUAUAUUUCCGAAUACUUUUUAAACCCUCAGCAACUUCUUUUUCUUCCUCUGCUAUGAUAUCAGUAGGUUCAAAGUACGAGAGCUUUGCUAGAGUUCCUCCACUGUCCAUGCCAAACCAGGGGAAAGAGGGUUUCCUGGCAUCUUUCUUCUUCAUGGCAUCAGCCCAAGGGGCAAGGGACGGCCUUGGGUCGGAAGCACUGAGAGCAGAGGCAGCAACUCCAGUAGUGGCUGGACCGCACGGAGGCAUGGCAGGUUCCUCCCCUCAGGCCGGGCAGGGCGGGUCUAGGGCGGGUCGGUGGCGCCUGAAGCGAUGCCCGGCCCAGGGGGGCGGGGCCCACCCCUAUGAAGGGCGGCCAGGACCCAGCGAGCUGGGGAAGGCCAGCGGCCUCGCCGCUCCAGGGCCUCCCUGCAGCCACUCCAAACCAAAGGCCCUGAUCCCAGGAGCUGCCACCGCCGCCAUACUGAAAAAUAAUCCCAAAAAGAUAUUUUUAAUGGCCCAAAUGGAACUUACAGAGAUGAAGACAGAGAUGAUUUUGUUAGAAUCCUGUAUGGAGAGAUUAAAUACAGAAGAAGGAAAAAAGAAAUUAGUGAACUUGAAGAGUAAGAAUAAAAACUAUCAAUAAAGAAAUUAGUGAACUUGAAGGGUAAGAAUAAAAACUAUCAAAAGGAUAUACAAAGAGAAAAAAAAAGACUUACAAUAGGAAAACAGUUACAGUGGUGUAAUGUAUGUGUAACUGUAGACCCAUUAGGAGAGGAGAAAAUGAAGAGGCAUGAAAAAGUAUUUGAAUAAACAAUGGCUAAAAAUUUUCCCAAUCUUACGAAAACAAUACCCCCCACACAUUCAAGAAGCUCAAAUGACCUGAAGCAGAAUAAACAUAAUUUAUAUCAUAGUGCACCUCAGAAAAACAUAAUUUAUAUCAUAGUGCACCUCAGAAAAAGCACUGAUAAACAGAAUAAUUUUUAAACACCUUGAGAAAAAAAAUACAUGCACCUGAACAAAGAAUGGCAGCAUGCUUCUGGUGAGCACCAUGCAAGCUAUGAGACAAUGGAGUAUUAUCUCUAAAUCACUUUAUGAAAUAACAAACCCUGCAACCUAUAAUUCUGUUUUCAUCCAAAAACAUUAUCAAAAAUGAAGGCAAAUAACGACCAUUUCAGACAAUCCAAAUCAAAGGUAAUUUUAUCAUCUGUAGACCUGUCUUCUGGAAACAUUAAAGGAAGUUUGAGGGCAGCAGGAAAAUAAUGCAAAGCUUAAGUGUGGGUCUGUACAAAAGAAUGAUGUUCUGAACAUGGUGAAUGUGAGUAAAUAUAAAAGGUAUUUUUGUCUUUUUAAAAUCUUUGAAAAAGGGAUGGCUGCUUAAAGCCAAAGUAAUAACUAACAUGUUUGGAGUUUAUGAUAUAGUUACAAGUAAAGUGUGAUGACAAUAACACUUACAUGUGGUUAUUAUUAUUUUUUUGAGAGGGAGUUUCACUCUUGUUGCCCAGGCUGGAGUGCAACAUGGCACGAUUUUGGCUCACUGCAACCUCUGCCUCCUGGGUUCAAGCAGUUAUUUUGCCUCAGCCUCCUGAGUAGCUGGGAUUACAGGCAUGUGCUGCCACACCCAGCUAAUUUUGUAUUUUUAGUAGAAACGAGGUUUCUUCAUGUUGGUCAGGCUAGUCUUGAACUCCCGACCUCAGGUGAUCUGCCUGCCUCGGCCUCCCAUAGUGCUGGGAUUACAGGCGUGAGCCACCACACUCAGCCUGUGUGAAUUUUUUUUUUUGAGACGGAGUUUCGCUCUUGUUACUCAGGCUGGAGUGCAAUGGUGCGAUCUCGGCUCACCGCAACCUCCGCCUUUUGGUUUCAGGUAAUUCUCCUGCCUCAGCCUCCCGAGUGGCUGGGAUUACAGUCACGCGCCACCAUGCCCAGCUAAUUUUUUGUAUUUUUAGUAGAGACGGGGUUUCACCAUGUUGACCAGGAUGGUCCUGAUCUCUUGACCUCAUAAUCCACCCGCCUCAGCCUCCCAAAGUGCUGGGAUUACAGGCUUGAGCCACCGCACCCAGCCGUGAAUUUUUAAAUAUAAUUCAGUAGACUGCAUCAUCUGAUUCAGAAGCCUCUUCCUUCAGGGCUCAGGGUCACUUGAAUUUGUAGCAGGCACAUGACAAAAAUGGUAUGUACUGUGGAUCUGCAUGUGUGCUGAAUAUUCCCUAUUUCUUCAGAUCCCUUUUCUCCCAUUUUAUGCUCUGCUCCCCCAGAGGCUGUCUUCUAAAGAGACUACUUCACUGGGGUUUCUUCAUAGGUUUUAACAAUGGGAGAUACCAGAUAGAGAUCAGGUGAGAGGAGAAAAAAAAAUAUUGAUUACCUUUCCCUUUCUUCUGCCUGGACCAUGGAUCAGGCAGUUUCUGUGUUCUCGUAAGGAUACAGCUCCCUUUGGGAAGCCCCCAUCUGUGGUGGUAGAGCUCUCUGUUUCAGCUGGCCCCAUUUUCUCUCCCUGAUCCUCAGACUUAACUACUACUGGUGCUUCCCCAGCCCACUAGGUGGGCUUCGUUCGUUGUGAACACACUUUUGUAAAUAGUGCCUUUAUUGACUAUUCUUGAGUUAAUCUUUUGAAUGUGCCAUUUUUUUUUUUUUUUUUGGUGCCAUCUGUUAAAUGAUGAGCAUUUAAUAAAAUUGUGAUAAUCGUUUUCGGUACAAGUGCCUCAUAGUGCAUAGGCUGACAUGUCUCAAGAUUCCCCACAUUAAAUACCAGUAUUUUCUAUCUGUAUUUUGACAAUGCAGUAGAAAUUAUAACAAAUACAAAGUUCUUUGUGCUUUUCUGCUGCAUAUGUCAAUGGCUCUGGAGAUCGUUACCAUCUGCUGCAUAUGUACAUGGACUUGCAGUUAUGACUAAGCCUCUCUUCAGUAUAGAAACCAAAACACUUCUGAAGUCUUUCACUACCUCUGGGUUAGCCAAACAACCUUCAAAAUGUAUUGUUAUUUAAGUAUGCAUGGACAAGAAACAAGAUAAUCAGUUACUGAGUGAAGAAAGAAGGGAAUGAUGUACCAUAUUUCCCAGCUUUCUAAAGUGUUAUGCUGCACAAUAAAAAUGUCCGUGUCCCAUCAUCUGCUGUUAUUCAUUGUGUAUAAUUCAUGUAAUCUGUAAUCUGUGGGCAAGUCUUUACACUUCACUAGUCAGGAUUACUGUAGAGACUUUGUCAAGGGCUUUAUACCACCUUUCCCAUCUGGCAUAGUUCUCACCACAAAUACUAUGCCAGAAAGAAAGUCAGCUUUUAUAAGGUCAAACCAGAGUUGCUUCACUUACAAUCUUAAUGGCGCUAAUAAAUUAAAUUGAUGUAGACCCACCAAAGAGGCCCAGAGCAGAGGCCAGCAUCCCCUAUCAUUUUCUGAAUUUCUCCUGUAAGAAUUUUGCCUUCCUUUAUCUUCUGUCAGUCAUUCCCUCCAGCUGGCACAUAAACCUCAUUUGAAGGGAAAUAACGGCCAUUGGGCUUCACUGCAGUGCUUUUUUUUUUUUUCACUUGGAUUUGCAUUUCAACCUGCAUUGUGAAGAUCUUUAUAUAUGUUUUCUAUUUUGGACAGCUCCAGGAGGCUUCAUUCCCAUUGUAGUCUAUGUUAAUAUACUCUUGUGUCACUCUGCUCUGCUCUUCUAGAAAUUAACUAGCAAACAAAACGAAUAUGGUGGAACCUUGGCAUAAUUUGAAUGUAGCAUUGUGAGUUGCCUGUAACCGAUUCUUCAUAAUUGUGCUGUAAUAACCUAUGUAUGAGAAUAAAAUGGUUUGCACCACCAGGA